GACGUGCUCCGCCCCGCGUCCGGCAGAAGCUCCUCCUCUCCCGUCGCGGCGAGAGGCAUCGACGUCGUCCGAGGAGCGAGUGAAGUAGUGCUGCGUGAUGUUGGGCGUUGCGGUAUUCCUGACGGCGAUCCUGGCGGUGGCCGGGCAGGACGUCGAUCCUACUGACGCUGUCGAUACCAUUGACGUUUUGGAUCCUUCCAGCCUCGUCGGUCAGCUGACUGUAUCCCAGCUGAAGGAGCUCAUCGCGGAGACUAUGACCCAAGUGAUGAUCCCUCUGCACUACAACUGCACCGACUACAGCGAGACGGGCGACUGCGGCCUGGUGGUGGAGAACAACCUUUGCGGCGCCAAGCAAGUAUAUGCGCGCUACUGUUGCCGCUCCUGCACCUUGGCCAAGCAGAUCCCCACUUACGGGCCUCACCUCAGCCUCACCGCAAAAGCCCCGAUAAGCAUCAACGUCACCACAGACAAGAUAAAGUACCUCCGGGGCAGUAACGUCACCAUCACCUGCGAGGCCACAGGGUAUCCGACGCCCGAGGUUGUAUGGUUCAGAAAUUAUAAUGAAAUCAGCAGCACUGGGGAGUACCAUGAAGAGACCGAGGUUCUUGACGGAAUCCUGUUGAAAACGGUACGGAGUAACCUCAUUAUUGACAACUUUUCGGUGGAUUAUUCGCAUUUCCAGUGCAUGGCCAUCAACAGCGAAGGACUUGCUAAAAGCUCCAUUACUGUAUAUAUCGAGGAUGAGCUCUCAGUCGAACUGUUUCCGGAAGUGCCAAUCAUGGAGGCCAAGGACGACGUGGUCCUCGACUGCGUGGCCACCGGGACGGACGUCAACGAAGUCAUUUGGUUCCGGGAAGUCGAGCUCAUCCACAACUCGAAUGAAUAUAAGAUUAUUGAGCGGAGGUCAUUCGAGGAAGGACUUACGAAAAUCCACUCCAAGCUGACUAUUCUGAGGCACAAGACGGACGACAGCGGCAGUCUCUUCACCUGUUCCGCAAUCGACAGAAAGGGAGGGAACAAGGAGAAGUGGAAGAGAGUCUACAUCUCAGACGUUGGCAUUCAUCCCAAUUGCCACGACCUCGUCGGCAGACAGGCGUGCUACGAGGAGAGCCAGAGAUGCGAGUACAAACAGGAGUAUGUUUACCGUUACUGCUGCAGAACGUGCACGCUGAUGGGGGUCCUGCCGACGUACGGGCCUCACUUGGGAGUCAACGCCGAGGCACCUCUGGAAGUCUAUAUCCGAGCAAACAGCACCCAAAUCCCGUAUGGAGGCGACGCAGAACUGGUCUGCUAUACCUCUGGCUUCCCUGGGCGGCAGAGCGUCAUGUGGCUGAAGCGGGACGAAAUGAUUAAAGAAUCUGAUAAUAUCCACAUGAAACACGACUCCACCUGCAGCCCCUUACUCUGCGAAGUGAACGCCUCGCUCCUCAUCAAGGGAAUCAAAAUUAGCGACACCGGCAAGUACAUCUGCAGGACCUCCAAUGUUGUCGGGAUGAAAGAUUCUACCGUCCUGCUACGAUCUAUGGAAGAUGGAAAUAUAUACAUCGACGUUGACUACAGUUAGUAGAUGCUCCUGAGGUCCUGCAGGAUAUGUCCAUCGCCCUCCUCACAUGCAGGAUUUUGCGUCAGUGAUGUUUAAUUGUUCAUCAUUAUCACUGUCUCUUUACACUAUUUUUACAACUAUGUAUUCUCAUAGGUCGACGCUACUGACUAUAUAAUGUAUAGUAUUAUGGUUAUUUCUUGGGACGUUGGACUUAUUUCUGAAAUAAAUAUUAUUUUCUA